CCUAGAGAGCUCUUGACAAUGAAGGGGAUGACCUGCCAGUGAAGUCACAGAGCCCCAAGGUGGCUUCAGGGAAGAGCCCAACCCUGGGUAUGAACUUUGACCAGAAGGCUGUGAAAUUCCUGGCCAAUUUUUACAUCAAUGGAGGCAAACACUGGACUCAUGGCCCUCUGAGACAGAAAAGGCCGGAGGGGGCCCUGCUGUCCUGGGGGACAGGUGAGAUGCGGCCCAUCAGCAGGAAGGGGACCCCAGCUGGCCGGAGGUCACGCGUGGGUUCCCCCUGGAGGUGCCCGCCCACCUGCACCAGGACCCAACGGGGGCUGUUGCUGGAACAGCGCCCUCCACUUCUGGCUGAUCCAGAUGUGCCUGGCCCGGCCCAGUAUGAGCCCAGCGCCUUCGUGCGGGAAAGCUCCCCGCACCCCCACUACAGCAUUGGUCGCAGGCACCCCGGCCCAGAUGGUGGCGGCCGCAGAGCGUGGCACAGCGCGUGGCUACAGAGCGAGAGCCCCUUCACGCAGAAGGUGGACUUCAACCGCGAGCACCAGUGGCCAUCGCCCGCAGACCACGUGCCGUCCAGCCUGCCCACCGGCCCGGCUUUCAGCUUCGUUGGCCGUGCGCGCCCGGGUCCUCUCCGCCUCCGGAGCCCCCGCGCGCGCUCCCUCCUGCAGGGACCGCCACGCGUCCCUGGCCAGCAGCGCCCAGGCCCCUCCGCCUACGACGUCCGCCCGGGUUGCCGCCUGCUGAGCCCGCGCCCGCCCGCCUUCUCCAUGAGCCGCGCUCCCGCCUUCGUCUCCUGGCUGCGCGCCUCCUGUACACCUGGUCCGGCCGCCUACCACGUGGAGGACUGCUAUGACGCGUGCUUCCCCUCCGUGCCCGGGGUGGUCAUUCAGGGCGCCCGCAGGCCCAAGCGCCACGACACGGGCCCGUUCUGUGCGCUGUAGGGCCUGACCCUGCUGAUCGCCUAGUGGAUCCUGGCUUCCCUGGGGUUCUCCCAGGCCUCCCUCUGGACCGUGGGCGUGGCAUCCCAAGCGGACCUUCACCCAUCCUCCCACUGGGAACCCUGCUAUGGACUGGGCAAGGGAAACCCAGCUCAGGGCUCCCCACCUG